AUGAGUGAAAAAAUUGAACCUGUCAAUAGACAAGAUGAAAGAGAGCUCGUACACAGAUUGGAUAAAAGACUCUUACUCUUUGCUAUGUUUGGUAAUCUAGUAAAGAGUCUAGAUAAUUCAAACUUGGCGAGUGCAUUUAUCAGUGGUAUGGAAGAAGAGUUAAAUGUACAAGGAGUGGAAUAUAACUGGAUGGGCGUCCUAUUCAUGGUGGGCUAUUUAUCUAUGCAAUUACCGUCCAAUAUGUUAUUAUCAAACACGAGACCAUCGAGAUAUUUACCUGCAUUGGAACUCAUUUGGUGUAUUCUAACAGUUGCUAUGGCUUGUGUUCAAUCUGUACAAAAUGUAUAUGUUAUUAGAUUCCUAUUAGGUCUGGCUGAAGCUGGCUUCUAUCCAGGCAUCAUUUUCCUCGUCAGCACUUGGUACACAAAGAAAGAAUUGGGCAAAAGACUAGCCUUGUUAACCAUAUGCGGAUCAUUUGGAAACGGUUUAAGUGGCGUCGUACAAGCCAUCAUGCUCAAGACAAUGGACGGUGUUUUCGGUAUUAGCGGAUGGCGAUGGAUGUUUCUAUUCGACGCCUCUGUUACUCUUUUAUUAGCUUACCUUGGAUACAAGUAUCUACCUGAUUAUCCUCACAAUACAGAAUGGUUAGAUAAAAGAGAAAAAGAAGUCGCCUUAUGCAGAUCACAGCAACAACAACAGCAACUACAAGAGUCUACUCAAUUAACAGGAAUGGAAAAGGUUAAAUUGCUAGUCAAAAACAAAUAUUUGUAUCCAUUUAUGUUUGGAUGGGCAUGUGUACAUGUUGCAAUGGGUGCGGCUCAAGUAUUGGGUAUAGUUAUCAAGAAACUAGGGUUUGAUGCUAUCACUGCCAAUAUAUUAACAACACCAGAUACACUUGUAACCAUGGUUGCAGGAUUAUGUAACGGAUUUAUCAGUGACAGACAUCGUACACGUCUAUGGUGUAUCAUUAUCCCUGCUUUUGUUGGCCUAAUAGGCAUUAGCAUGCUCUCUGCAUUCGUACAGCCAUUUGCUCUAUUAUAUAUGGCCUUUUUGAUAACACAUGCUGGAUUACGAUCAUUAACUUCUGUCACUAUGACGUGGGCAACAGAAACCAUUUCGUCUGAUAUGCAGGUGAGAGCCAUGGCUAUUGCCAUUAUGAACACCUCCUCAUCUCUCACUUGGACAUGGACAUCAUUAUUGCUCUGGCCAGUGACUGAUGCUCCUUAUUACCAUAAAGGAUUUACAGUCGGAGCUAUCCUUGUCAUCCUCUUCAUCUUAUCCAUGGUUUCAGUUUAUUACAUGCAGCUUCAAGACCUGAAAAGACCUGUUAAAGAAGGGUUUAUGCCAUUGGCAACAGAUGAAGAAGAUGAAGAGAAGCCAGUAGCAAAGAAAAUGGAGGAAAGAUUUAUCAUUUAA